AUGAUGUUUAUACUUUUGCUGAUUCCAUGUGUAAUUAAUGCUAAAUCUAAUUUUAUAAACAUUGGAAAAACAUAUGAUGGGUAAAAAUCUAUUUAAAUUACAUAGACAAUUUAAUUUUAAGACUGAUCAUUCUCUUGGCCAUAGCUAUUACUUCGAAAUUUCUGAGCUCUUAAAUAACGCAGAUAUCAUAAUUAUUGUUAGUCAAUAAACUCCAUAAGGUGAUCCUAAUAUCUUUUUGUCUCUUUUGAAUCCUGAACCAUAUUCAAUAGAAUAAAGUGAACUAGGAUAUUGUUAAUCAUAAGGAAGUGGUAUAUAUUUAGAUUUAAAUUCAAGAUUUAUGUGUAAUCGAUAAAAAGCAUAUUCAAAUUGAUAAACCUUAUUAUAUUGGUAUUACUUGUUCUGAAGAUUGUUAAUACACAUUAAAAGUGAAUUAUGAUUAGGAAUAAAUAAUGUUGAUGAGUAUUUCUAUAUACAAAAUAUAUUAGAUGAUUUAUUAAGAUUUAAAAUGAAUGAGAGAAUUUCAAGUUAGAUUGUAAGAAUUUAAAUUAAUCAUACUCUUAAUAUUGAAGAAUUAGAAAUAACAGGGAGGAUUAUUAAUUACUUUGAAAUAGAAAAUCCUUUUCAUAUGUAUUUAAAUUUAGGUGAUAUUCUCCCAACUUCAUAAGAAUCAGAUUAUGUAGGUAAAGAUUUUUGGCAUGGUCAUAAAUAUCUAAUUUUACCUUGGAUUACUAUAUAAAAUUCUUCAAUAUUAACAAUUAUUGUUGAAUCACAAAUAGGAUCAUUAAUUGAAUUAUAAACUUAAACUUAUGAAAAAAUAAGAAAAAGUGUUUAUGAAUCAAUUAUCUAAGGGGAAGUCAAGUUAAAUUAAUUUCAUCAUUAUCAAAUAGAUAAGAAGUAGAAUUAGAAUCCUUAAAAUUAUUUGGUAUAUUUUAAUUUAAUGAAUUUAUUUAGUAAAUAUAAUUGAAACCAUAUUCAGGUUUAUUUACUGUUUAUUUUAAUUUUUAAUAAGAUUUACCCUAGAAUUUAGAAGAUUGUGAAUAUAAAUACAUUAUAAACUAAACAUCCAUAAUCUCAUUUUCAGAUAUGGACUUAAUUAAGUAUGAUAAUAUUGAAUUUAUUGAUAUUAUCAUUUAUGGCAAUGAAUUAUCAAGUUAUUAAUUUAAGGUUAGUCCUUAAAAUAAUUAGUGUAUUAUCAAUUAGAAUGUAAAUUAUUAAGGGAGAGUCUAUAAAGAUUAAUUACUUUCAUUCUUUUUGGAUGCUAGAAAUGAUAUAAUGAGUGGUAAACUUAAUUUAUAAAUGGAAUCUGAAAACAAUAAUGUAGUAAUCAUUAUAAAGAAGAGUAUGUUUUAAUAAGAAGUAAUAACUAAUGAUAACAUUAAAAAUAUGGAUAAACUUGAAUCUGAGAAUCCUUCAAGUUUAUUUAUUUUCACUAAAAAAGAUAAAUAAAACCUCUUAUUUGAACUUGAUUUUCCAAUUAUAUCUCAGAAUGUACAAAUUGGUCUUUACUCAAUUGGAAUAUUUUUAAAUGAAAGUGACAAGAAUUUUAGUUCAUAUUCUUUUAUUUUGAAAAGUGAGCUAUAAUUUAAAAGACUAAAGGAUAACACUCCGUAUAAAAGUGUAAUUACAAAAGAAUCUUAUUCAUAUUUUUAAUAUGUAUUGAAUCCUAUAGAAUAUCUUGAAGAAAUACAAAUAAUGUUAACAUCUAUUUAAGGUACUCCCAUUCUAUUAUCAUCUACUUAAGAUUAUCCUAAUGAAACUCAUUAUGAAUAAAUAGGAGAGAAUAAUUUAAUCACUUAUUAUUUUAAAGAAACCUUAUAAAAUAAUUAAGUCUACUUUAUAUCAGUAUAUUGUUAGACAGCAGGUAUAUUUACAAUAACAGUAAUAAUUAAGACUAAUAAUAUUAAUUAGGAGAAAUUAGGGGCCUAUCCUUGGGAAUAUACUUAAAUAUUUUAAGGAGAUUCUUAAUAUCAUGUACUAAAUAAUUAAACAGUUGGUUUAUUCAAAAUUGAUCUAACAGAGUAAUUAGAGAUGAAAUAGAGGUAAUUUUAUGGACUCAAUAAAAAAAAGAAAUUGAUUAGUAUUCAUAUCUUAUCACCUUUGGGUGGGAUCAUGAUGUAUGGAUUUGUAAGUCCUUCAACAAAUAGGAAUAAUUCAAUAUGGUCAAAUCCUAAAGAAAUUUCAGUUAAAUUAAACCAAUUGAAUGGUGAAUAAACUGUAUUUUUAAGAAUAGAAUUGCAAGAACAUUAUAAUUAUUCAACUUAUAAAAUAGCACUUCAUUCAUAAUUUUAAUCUACAAAUCAUAUUUAAGAAAUAAUUGAGAAUGAACAUUAUUUUGGUUACAUUGAUUAAAAAGGAUAAUUAUUAUUAUUUCGUUACUAUUAAAAAUAUGACUAUUCAAUCAUAAAAAACUCAGAAGAUAAAGAAAAUGAUGUAAGAAUAACAGUAUUUAUAAGAAAUGAAAAUCUAUCAUCAUAAGAAUCUACAUUAUUAAUACCUAAAGAAAAAUUAGAAGAUAUAGAAUGUAGAAAGGAAGAUUAAGAAUUAAAUUAUUGUUCUUUUUUAAUAUAAAUUACUACUAGAAAGCCAUCCUUUUACACUUUAAUUAUAUCUCAUGAGAAUAAUUAAAUAUCACUUCAUAUGGAUUAAAUCAUUCACCAUAAAUUACCUAAAGAAAAUGAUCAUUAUUAUUCUUUUAUAGAUGAAAGAGAUUCAAAUAUUAUUGUUAGAAAUCUUAAUCAUAAUGUUUAACUAUAAAUAUUGGUUACUCUUUUCUAACCAUUAAAUAUUUAAACUAAUAUUGAAUAUCCCUAUCCUUAAAAUGAAACCUAAUCAAAUUUACUUAAGAUUUCCAAAAAUUUCAAAGGUUUUCAUAUAAGUUCAGUUUCAAUCUUUAAAGAUGAUAUUGCUAAAACACAUAAUUGCUCCACUAGGUGUAUGAUAGCUAUUACAAUAAGACAAAUUCCAAACUUUAAUUAUAUAAUCGACUCAAAUAGUGUUUAUUCUAUAAUAUAUUCCUCAGGAAGUAGACAAUUAUCAUUAAAAAGUUUUCUUCCUGGUAAAAUAUCAAAAGGAUAUACUGCAUACUAUAGUGUAUAAAUUACAGAGGAAGAUGUUGAAUUAAUUAUAUUUUUAGAAGAAAGUAAUCUAUGCAAUGCUACUAUUAUAAUAUCAAAAGAUGAGUUUCCAAAUGAAGAGAAGCAUGACUGGGUUUACCAUCAUUUAGAUUAGAAGAAUAUUUCAAUUUCUAAUUAUAAUAAUAAUAUUUAUGAGAAUAUGAAAGGAUAUUAUUAUAUAGGAGUAUUGGGGGAAUCAGAGUGCAAUUAUUAUAUUACAUAUUAUUUAAGUGAUCCUAAAGUAAAGUAACCAUAAGAAUAAUUAUAAGAUGAUAAUUUUUAAAUUCCUUAUCUUUUGAUAUAAAAUUAAUAAUAAACAAUAAAUUCAAUAGAUCCAAUUCUUUGGAAAUUUGAAUGUAAAACACUUGGAAGAUUACUAAUAUAAUUAUAAUAUCUUCCUUAUAAUAUCAAUAUUAUAGGUUUACAUGAUACUGACAGAUAUAAUUAAAAUUAUACUCCUAUUGAAAUUAUUUUUAAGAAUGAUUUAUAAUUGAUUGGAUAUUUUUAAAUUCAAAAAAUAGGGUUUUACUAUUUAUAAACAUCAAUAGAAAAUUAAAUUAUAGAUAUAGUAUCUGAACCAAUUUACUAAAUCAGAGUUUCAUUGAUUAGAGACGAUUCAAUUUUACCAGAUUUUUAAAGUUUCACAAAAAAUUUUAUAUCAGAAAUAAUCUAGUCAGAUGAUGAAACUAUAAUAAAUGUAAAUCCACUUAGAAUAGAAUUAAUGAAUUCAUCAUUUGAAGUUGAACAAAUAAAAUAUGUUCUCUUAUUUGGAGAUUCUAAUUCAAAUAAUAAAUCUGUCUAUUUCCAAUAUAUCAAUAAUAUUGAUAAUGUAAAAUAAUAAAAAAGGCAAAUUUAGUAAUUUAAUACAAGAACAACCAAAAUAGUUUCCAAAAGAUACCUUGAUACUAAUUUAUCUUUUAUAUGCCAGGAUAUUUAAUAUAUUAAUACUACAUAUUCAAUUCAUGCAAUAGGUAAUAGAAUUAUUAAAUUAAGCUACUGUUACUUUAUAUAAUUUAGAAAGGAUUGAAAUAGAUUAUUUCUACGAUUAGAAAUUUUUUAUGAUUAAUCAAAGCAUGGGAUAUCAAUUUAUAUUUGGAAUUAUAGUAUUAAUAAUUAUAAUAAUUGUUAUAUUAUUGAUUAUCUUCAGAAAAUGGCAGGAAAGAAGGAAAGUUUCACUUGUUAACAAUGUAUAAUAAAACUCAAUUGAAAUGAUAUUUAAAAAUAUUGAUUAAUGA